GCCUACGUGGCAGGCGCUGGAGCCGCGGACGGGGAGCGAGGCCGGCCGCCGGGCACUUCCUGUGGAGGCCGCAGCGGGCGCGGGCGCCGAAGGGCCGAGCGCCGAGCGAGCGAGCGAGCUGAGCGAGCCGAGCCUCCCGCCGCCGCCAUGGGCCAGAACGACCUGAUGGGCACGGCCGAGGACUUCGCCGACCAGUUCCUCCGAGUCACGAAGCAGUACCUGCCCCACGUGGCGCGCCUCUGCCUGAUCAGCACGUUCCUGGAGGACGGCGUCCGCAUGUGGUUCCAGUGGGGCGAGCAGCGCGACUACAUCGACACCACGUGGGGUUGCGGCUACGCGCUGGCCUCCGCCUUCGUGCUCCUCAACCUGCUCGGGCAGCUGACUGGCUGCAUCCUGGUGUUGAGCAGGAACUUCGUGCAGUAUGCCUGCUUUGGGCUCUUUGGGAUCAUAGCACUACAGACGAUUGCUUACAGCAUCCUAUGGGACUUGAAGUUUUUGAUGAGGAAUCUGGCCCUGGGAGGAGGCUUGUUGCUGCUCCUAGCGGAGUCCCGUUCCGAAGGGAAGAGCAUGUUCGCAGGCGUUCCCACCAUGCGCGAGAGCUCUCCCAAACAGUACAUGCAGCUCGGAGGCAGGGUUUUGCUGGUCUUGAUGUUCAUGACCCUCCUUCACUUUGACGCCAGCUUCUUCUCGAUUCUCCAGAACAUCGUGGGCACAGCUCUGAUGAUUUUAGUGGCCAUUGGUUUUAAAACCAAGCUGGCUGCUUUGACUCUUGUCGUCUGGCUGUUUGCCAUCAACGUGUAUUUCAACGCCUUCUGGACCAUUCCUGUCUAUAAGCCCAUGCACGACUUCCUGAAGUACGACUUCUUCCAGACCAUGUCGGUGAUCGGAGGCUUGCUCCUGGUGGUGGCCCUGGGUCCCGGGGGCGUCUCCAUGGAUGAGAAGAAGAAAGAGUGGUAACAGACCCCUUCCCUGCCUGGCUGAGACCCGUGGCCAUCGAGGACUGGUUCGGGGUGGAUUCGACAAAACUGCCAGCAUUUAUGUACCCUCUUCCCUCCCCUCCUGGUAAAGGCACAGAUGUUUUGAGAGUUUUUUGCAGACACCUGAAAAUUGAUGGCUAAAUUUGCUCUGGACCGACCCACAACCUAGUAAUCUGACCCUCGGAGCUGGCCGGCUGGACGGCAGUUAUCUACCCCCUUCUCCCCCUCCCCAAGGCAAGGCCUCAGCUUCUCACAGCGAGUGGCUGGCUUGGCUGGGGCCUCACUUCCUAUUUUGUUUCUGGUUCACGGGUGGGGGCCUCAAGCUGUACUGUGAGCAGAUACAUUUGUGUAUCCUUCAAAGCAGUUUCCCUCUUAUUUUUUCAGUUUACGUUUUUAACUAAAAUGAAAGGAUUCCGGAUGGCCCAGCCCAACAUCAAACACACUGUCCAAGUCCUGGUUUUAAACCACACCCACGGCUCCGAGUUGGCCCUGCCCCGCACUGUAAUACUUGCGGGACCGGUGACGGCAUUUAGAGAGACCCAAACCCAAAGAAUGACGCUGCACUGGAGGGGUGGCCGCGGCCACUGCCCACGGUGGAAGUCACUCAUC